UGUAUUUAUUAAACAUUACAUGUAUUUAUAUUCCAGAGCUUCUUUUAUGUCGAAAAGUCUAACAGUUGACAACAGCACAAUCAAGUUUCAAAUAUGGGAUACAGCUGGACAGGAGAGAUAUCGGUCGCUAUUACCAAUGUAUUACAGAAAUGCAGCAGCAGCCAUUGUUGUGUAUGAUAUAACAAAUGAAGGAUCAUUCACAGUGUUACAGGAUUGGAUAGCAGAACUACACAGACUAGGUCCAUCUAAUAUUGUAUUAGCAAUUGCUGGAAAUAAAUGUGACCUUGAAGAUAAAAGAGAAAUUCCAGCUGAACAAGGUCAGACUUAUGCAUCAGAAGUUAAUGCCAUAUUUGGAGAGACUAGUGCCCUCACUGCUAGGAAUGUUGAGGAAAUGUUCAUUGAAAUAACUCGUAAGUUACCACCAGAUUGUUUAACUAGUUUACCAGCUGGUGCCUCUCUCUUAAGACAGACUGAUACACCACGUGCUAAGGGAGGAUGCUGUGGAGGAGGGGGAGGGGACAAAGGACCAUCAUAAUAGUUCAGUUAUAAUAAGAUAAUAAAUUAAUGAUUAUUAUUAUUAUUAUUAUUAUUAUUUUAAUAACAACUGACACAUGUACUGCUUGCCCAAUAAGCUGGUUGUACUAUUCUCUUCUAUUUUAUUUUAAUUGUCUUUAAUUGCAAUAAUAAUUUAUUAUUAAAAUGGGUGAACGC